ACGACGAAUCGGCUUAAUCGAGUAUAUAUGCCAGACAUUUUUAGCUUCAAGUUUCGCCGAUUUUGGUGUGAUAAGGCCGUUGUUUUACCAGAAGUCUGAUGGUAAUCGAGAUGACGGGCUCUACACAGUUCAAUUCUGCAAAUGGAAAUUUUCUCUGCGGUGUUGUGGAAGGUUUCUAUGGCCGACCAUGGACAUCAGAGCAAAGGAAAGAUCUUUUCAAGAAGAUGAACAAGUUUGGCUUGAACACCUACUUGUAUGCUCCAAAAGAUGACUACAAACAUAGGGCUUAUUGGAGGGACUUGUACUCCGUGGAGGAAGCAGAACACUUGACAAAUCUCGUGGAAGCCGCUCAGGAAAACAAUGUGACAUUCAUGUAUGCUAUUUCUCCCGGCAUUGACAUCACAUUCUCCAGUACCAAAGAUGUGACCUCCCUCAAAAGAAAACUGGAACAGGUGUCUCAGUUUGGGUGCACUGCCUUCGCCCUGCUCUUUGACGACAUAGAGUCAGAGAUGUGUGAAGCAGAUAAGGAAAUGUUCCAGUCAUUUGCUCAUGCUCAGGUGUCCGUCACAAAUGAGAUCUUUCAACAUUUGGGCCAGCUCAAAUUCUUAUUCUGUCCAACAGAAUAUUGUGCCUCUCGGGCCUUCCCAAAUGUGGCCACAUCAGAAUACUUAACAACAAUUGGCAGCAAACUACUGCCAGGCAUUGAUAUUAUGUGGACAGGCAGCAAAGUAAUCUCCAAGAGUAUAUCUGUUGACUCUCUCGAGGCAAUCGCGACAGUUCUGAAGAGAUCACCUGUUAUUUGGGAUAAUAUCCAUGCAAAUGACUAUGACCAAAAGCGCUUAUUCCUCGGGCCUUACGAAGGGCGAUCCACUGAUAUUAUUCCACAUCUGAACGGAGUAUUGACAAACCCCAACUGUGAAUAUGAAGCCAACUUUAUUGCCUUGCAUACCUUGGCUCAGUGGAGCAAGUCUGGACCUGGUGCUAACAAAAGUGAGAGUGUUCCAGCUGAUAGCCCAGUGAGUGCCGACAUAAAACUAGAGACAGAGAGUGAAACUGACAGUGACCUUUCCGCGAAGCUCGCCAUGGGGUAUUCACCAAAACAUGCCCUUAAAGUAGCAAUCAACGAAUGGUUACCAGAGUUCUACGUUGCCAAGUCUUCAUCAAGUUCAAAGAAUUCUGCCUCUACACCGGUCUCAAUGGCUCCAACGACAUUCCAACCAAAUGUGAACACUUGCAUGACUGUGACGCCAACAACUCAGGUCUCCAGCAGUGGAAUCCCUGUGCCAAUCGACAAUCUGAACCUAGAACUCAGCAUUAACAACUUGAACAAUAUAAACGAAGUAAAUGUGAAUGAUUCAUAUCUGCAACCAGUCAUGAAUCCAGUCAAUAGUCUAGUGGACUCUGAAACUGCCAGUAGUAGUGGUGUGAGCGAAUUGGACUCUAUUCCAGAACCGAUGGAAGUUGUUCCCUCGGCUUCCUGUCCUAAGUCAAAUAAGAAUGAACUUGAGUUAAUGCAGGUUGACAUUGAAUCUAACUGUGAUAAUACUUCUCGAACAAAGGAGGAGCGCCUAACAGAGUGUGACGUCUCAGUGUUAGUGGAUCUCUUUUAUCUGCCAUACGCACAUGGAUCAAAGGCCGUUGAACUUCUGGAUGAAUUCCAUUGGUUGAAGACAAACGCUAAUCUAAUUACAGACAGCACUGCCGAGCAGGAUCCAUCCAGUGAACAGGUGAAAGAAUGGAAGGAGCGAGCUGGCAAGUUUGAUGCCUUUGUGAAACAGCUGUGUGAUAUGUGUGAUCGACUGUUCAAAAUCCCCAACAGGAGUCUUCUCUAUGACCUCUACCCAUACAUUUGGGACAUGAGGGGUGUGUUAUGUCUCUUAAACUCCUUCAUCAAGUGGCUUGAAAUGGGACAUCUGCCAUAUAUCAGUGUGUGUUACCUGACAAGAGCAUUUACAUGGGCCACUAAAGGUUACAAGGAAGCUUUUAUGAAUGGAGACCAAGAACCCUGGGUUUUCCGAGGUGGCCUACAAGCCGAGUUCCAACGUAUGCUACCCCUUGAUAGUGCCCACGACUUGUUCAUGUUGAAAGCACCAGAGAAACCUAUGUCAAGGGUUUACGUCGUUCGCCCUUACUUGCCUUCAGAUGAGGAGUCUGCCUAUCAUCUGUGUCGCAAGACUUGUGAUGAUGGAAUGGAUGGAACUGACAUCUUCCCUGAUCACCCCAACCUGAUUGCUGACAAGCUGGUUGGUGGCAUCUUGUCACUUUCACCCCAGUAUAGCUUCGUGAUCGAUGAUGAUGUUGGCAUCUGUGCUUACGCCUUGGCUGUCUUGGAUGUGAAGAGCUUCUAUGCCAAGCACGAUGGAGAAUGGAUAGGAGCCAUGAGGAGGAAAUACAAGAAACCAGCCAAGAAGGCUAUCAAGGACCUCACUCCUGCAGAGGAAAUCAUUAUGAGCUUCUAUGAGAAGCGUAAUCGGCCAUCUGAAGAUCUGUACGCCCGCUACCCGUCGCAGAUCCGUAUUGAUGUUCUUCCUGAAAGACUUGAUGAUGCCUCGACCGUGAAACGUCUUCUUGCCUGUGUGCUGUCCGCCCUCAAAGCCAAUGGCUCACAUGGAGUCCACUGUGAAGUGUGCGUGGGAGAUAAACAUAUCGUUGAAUUCUACACCAAAUUGGGAUUCUUUGACGUUUCCGGUAUGAUCAGUCACAUUCCAGAAAACACCAUGAUCUUGGCUCGUGCAAUUUAGCUCACUUGGACUGUAAUAUUCCACAAUAGAGGUGCUAUAUUACUGUGAGCAUUAUCAUGCAUUCAAAGGUGCCAUUGUGUUGAAUGAUGAUUGUGCAAUAGCUAGUCUUGUGUAUAGAGACGUGGUCGCAAUAGCCCUUUCAUUCCAAUACCAACAUAAAUCAACACUGUGUAUGCAGUAAAAAAAUUAUAUUGCAGUGUUGUAUGACUUAAUAAGACAACCUGUAAAAUAGAAAAGUGGUUUUGAAAUGAAUGUGAUUGCUGUUGCGCUCCAGAAAUCUUUAGUGACUGCAAAGUCCAUGAAUUGUUGGUAUUGUAAAUAUUGUAAACAGUGCUGUACCGAGAUGAGUAUGGGAGACAUUGCAUUGCUUUGUGCCUUGCAUAUGGUAAUCCUGGCAGCCAGGAGCACAUGGGAUUCUGUUAUAUGGAGGUGUUACUUAAAUUAUGCCAGCAGCCAUAUAUUCUUGUGUUUUAAUCAGUUGUGUCCUGUUGAUCUUCAAAUUAUGUGAUUAAGGAUUGGAUAACUAAAUAUGUUAGUUCUGAAGUUGAAAAAUCGAUUGAUGGUAGAACAUAUCCCUCCUUAUAAAUUUGACAUUGCUCCAGGAAUUUGAAAAUUAAAAACUUCCAUUUUGGUGAUUUUUGUGUCUUCCUAUUUGCUGUGUGAUAUUUUUGAGGGGACAGCUCGCUCACUAACAAUAGGAACGGAAAAUUCAUGAUUAAUUGAAAAGGGGCCUUUCAGAUCUUUUCAAUUGUUUACUAUUCAUAUGUUGUGAUAUAAGUUUCAAUUUAUAGUGAAUUAAAGUUGUCAAUUGUUCUAGCAUUUGUAGAAAUGUCAUCUUUGAAACUACCCAUUUCGUAUGGCAAAGUUUUCUAUAAUAACCCACGCUCAAAAAACUUCGAAGUUAGAUGGUGGUAUUUUACUUGAACAUAGAAGAACGUAGUUUUGAUGAGAGAAAAAUGCUUCGGAUCAAUAGUGUACAUUUUUGUACGACAUGUAACAUCAAUCUAACAAUUCUGGACAAAGUAGUCAUGUAAAUAGGCUGUUGAUAUGAAAAUAAAAGUCGAAAACAAGAAA